ACCCCACAUUCGAUUAAGCGGGCCCUUUCCACCCAAAUUCUCUGCGCGACGAGCCCAGGCCAGUGGCAGAUCCCCAUUGUUCCCAUAUCGCGCUUGUCCCAAGCACCAUUUUUCUUCUUCCUUUCUGAUUUUUCCCUCUCCAAUCUGACCCGGGUCAAUAAUUCGUCACCAUCUUCAGUUACCGACCCUCGCUACAGACAGCCCAACAUGGUCAACGACGCUAUGGAUAUCGAGACUGCUGAGAAGAACCUCAAGCAGCUCGACCACGCCGAGCAGCACUACUUCAACAGCUAUAACCAUCAUGGCAUCCACGAGGAGAUGUUGAAAGAUGAGGUCCGCACAAGAUCAUACAUGAACGCCAUCGUUCAAAACAAGCACAUCUUCAAGGACAAGGUCGUUCUCGAUGUCGGCUGCGGCACCGGUAUUCUCUCGAUGUUCGCUGCCAAGGCUGGCGCGAAGCAUGUCAUUGGUGUUGACAUGUCCACCAUCAUCUUCAAGGCCCGCGAGAUCGUCGAGGUCAACGGGCUGUCCGACAAGAUCACCCUCAUCCAGGGCAAGAUGGAGGAGAUUACCCUUCCCUUCCCCCAAGUGGACAUUAUCAUCUCAGAGUGGAUGGGCUACUUCCUGCUGUACGAGUCCAUGUUGGACACUGUGUUGUAUGCCCGUGACAAGUACCUUGUCAAGGACGGUCUCAUCUUCCCCGACAAGGCGAGCAUCUAUGUUGCUGGUAUUGAGGACGGCGAUUACAAGGACGAGAAAAUCGGAUUUUGGGAUAACGUCUAUGGUUUCAACUACUCGCCUCUCAAGGAGACCGCCUUGUCUGAGCCUCUCGUUGAUACUGUCGAGAUGAAGGCCGUCGUUACCGACCCAUCUCUCGUACUCACCCUCGACCUUUACAAGUGCACGGUCGAGGAUUUGGCUUUCAGCUGCCCAUUCGACCUCGUCGCCAGACGGGAUGACUUCAUCCACGCUCUUGUCGCCUGGUUUGACAUUGACUUUACCGCCUGCCACAAGACAGUCCGCUUCUCCACUGGGCCACACACUAAGUACACUCACUGGAAGCAGACCGUCUUCUACCUCAAGGAUAUGCUUACUGUCCAGCAAGGAGAGAAGAUUGAGUGCUCUCUCCACAACCGCCCCAACGAGAAGAACCGUCGCGAUCUCGACAUCAAGAUCGAGUACCGUCUCGAGACCGAGGACCCCACCCGCAAGGCUGAGGGAACCUGCCUGUACAAGAUGUGCUAGGCGAAUCACGGUUUCCCUGGUACAUCUAGCAAGGAAGGUCUGAUAACCAACUACUCUUUUUUACAUUUUCACUUUGCGCCUGGCAUACAUACAACAAGUAAAAGUUGCAUGGGGGAUGGGGGCGAGACUCACAACAUGAAGAUUUCGGGAUUGACGCUCUGGCGGUAGCGCACCAUAUCUGAAGCGACAAAAAAGCGAGGUGUUUUCGGGGGCUUUAGUUACUAGAUAGAGCAGGUUGUCUUUCUGGCGUUUUUUUUUUGUUUAUCAUGCUGUAUUUUAUCUCAGCAAAAAAGGGAGCCAGAGGGAUACCUCUGAUGAUGAGGAAGGAGACUGGACUGGCAAAGAAUGGCCCCAAGUGUGGGUGAUGGGGAGUGCAUCAGUGAUGAAUGAUGCAUAUGGGAUACCCGGAGAGGAAUGGAAAGAAGUGAAAAAAUAAAACUAAAAAAAAUAGAGCAUUGAAGUUCGAUGAUUUGGCUCG